AUGUCUCACAGCUGUGAACACGAGCAUGAACACUCUCAUGAGCAUUCUCAUGAACAUUCGCCUCCAUUGGUCACCAAUGAGGCCCAAUCAUUAUAUAAAUACGUCAACACGCCUCAGGUGCGCUGUCUGAACGCUGUUGGUCGAGGAUGUGACGUACUUAGUUCGUGCUUCAUCAAAAGUCAGGAGGGUAAGUAUAAUACGUCCAGGUUUUUGCAAAGCGACGCAGACUGCCAAAUGAUCUUGCAUAUCCCAUUAACGGGAGUGUGUCGUGUCUUUUCGUGCAUAUUUAGGUUCGGUUGUAGUGGCAAUGGUCGGGUUGGAUCACCCAAGAGUGUCAAGAUCUUCAAGAACUUUACGAAAAGCAUUGAUUUUGAUAACCUGGUAGAUUCAAGACCGCAGCACACGCUGGAAAACCCCGAAAACGUGGGGAUCGACGUACAGAGCGGUACAGAGGAAGAAGAGGAGGAGGAGGAUAUAGGGUUUGUGGAGCACCAGUUACCACGCCAACACUUUCAGAACGUCGAAUCACUCACGCUUUUUGUGGAAAACAACUGGAGUGACGACGAGGACGAUCUGACUCAGUGUUUUUACGUCGAGCUGCGAGGCGAAUUCGUGAACAACAAACGAAGCGAGGACGGAGUCCCUCUAUUGACGGUAUACGAAGCUGCGCCUAACCCAUUGGAUCACCAAAAAAUCGAAAAUGAGCUGGGAGGCUCUACUGUGGGAAUGUAG